CACAGUGAUGAUUCCACCUCUGACGGAAGGACGGCCGACCACACUGACCUGCACUGCUCCUGGUCUCUGCUCUGGAUCUGAACCUACAUUCACCUGGAGGUGGCGAGGAAGAGGAGAGAGCGACGCUGACCUCAGAGGAAACAUCACGGCCUUCAAAACUGAGAACGUGGCUGAGUUCGCUAAGAGACGCAGCUCGACUCUGUCCUUCUCCCCUUCAGCUGAACAUCACGGAACCAGCAUCACCUGCACGGUCCUCUUCCAAGGACACGUGAGCACAGAGGAGACGGCGACUCUGAGUGUGAGCUACCCGCCCCCUGAACCUAAACUGUCUAUGAGUUCUGAGGUCACAGAAGGUCAGACCAUCACCGUCAGCUGCACUGUUGAAAGUUUCCCACAGUCAACUCUCACCUUGAUGAGGAUCAAUACAAAUAAUCAGGCUGAAAUAAUCCCUGAAAAUAAUCUUAAUUCACGAUCCAUCAACUCUCUCUACCACACGUUUACUGUGACUUCAGCCGACGCUGGCUGGUACGUCUGCCGUGCCCAGAACACUCAGGGCUAUAAGGACAGUGAGCAGAAGGAGUUGGUGGUGAAAUUUUCUCCAAAACACACACACAUCACUGAGUCGGCAGAGAAGCAGGAGCUUGACGGGAGGAGCUCCGUGAUGCUGAGCUGCUUCAGUCACAGCUUUCCCCCAGUCCAACACUACUCAUGGUACAGGAAGAGUCAGGGAGAGGAGAGGAUGGAAAUUGUGUCCAAGCAUCAAAACCACACAGUGUACUCAAACCAGUCAGGAGUCUACUACUGCAUCGCACAAAAUGAAGUAGAUCACAGUUUGUCUGAUCCCGUCCAUCUGUUUGAACGAGACUAUCUGGAGAACCUGAGGUUCCUCAUUGUUGCUCUACUUCUCCUGAUGAUUAUCAGUGUAAUUGUGGUAAAUUUAAGGUGAAUGAAUAAGAAGUGCAUUUGAUCAAAUUCAAUAAAUACAUGUCAGAGAUGGUCUGGCUUGUUAUACCACAUCAUGUCCCUCUAUGUUUUCAGAUACUGGAGGAAAUCUGUUCAACAAAGAACAACAAACAAUGAAUCCCCUUCUGGUUUUUCGGUAAUGACACAUUUGUUUAAACUUAAAAAUCUAUUUCUAAUUGACUAUUUGUAUAUUGGAAAUCAUAGCAAACAGUGAUGAUGGAGAGUACAGUUAUAAGAUUCAGGAUAUUUAAGACUCUGCUUCAUCACUUCUGACCUGUUACAGCUGUAAAACUACUAAUUCUUCUAAAUACUCUAAAUGAUGUCAUAAUUUCAAUAAUAUGUAAUCAAAUAUGUUUUAAUGGUGAUAUUACAAAGCCUCCA